AUGGCCAUUCCUAAUCGGGAGUCGCUGUUUCCGCGUUUUGUGGAGCCGGUUCCAAAUGUCACUGUCACAGUGGGGAGAGACGCGUUGCUCGCCUGCGUCGUUGAGGACCUAAGGGGAUAUAAGGUUGCCUGGGUCCGAGUGGACACGCAAACAAUUCUAAGUAUUCACCACAACAUCAUCACUCAGAACCCCCGCAUCAGCCUCUCCUACAAUGACCACAGAUCAUGGUAUCUUCAUAUAAAGAACGUUCAGGAAAUGGAUCGAGGAUGGUAUAUGUGCCAAGUGAACACUGACCCCAUGCGAUCAAGGAAGGGAUACCUCCAGGUUGUUGUACCACCAAUGAUAAUUGACAACAUGACAUCAACUGACAUGGUCGUACGUGAGGGCACGAAUGUCACCAUGGUAUGCCGAGCAACCGGCUACCCUGAACCUUAUGUCAUGUGGAGACGAGAAGACGGCCAAGAAUUCAACUGCAACAGCGAGUCAGUAAACGUUGUGGACGGAGAAAACCUAACCAUAUCGAAGGUCUCGCGUCUACACAUGGGUGCUUACUUAUGUAUAGCAUCAAAUGGCGUGCCACCUUCUAUCAGCAAACGGGUGGUGUUAAUGGUGCAAUUCCCGCCAAUGUUAUCAAUCCCGAACCAGUUGGAGGCCGCGUAUUUAGGACAAGAUGUGACAUUGGAGUGCCAUACUGAAGCGUACCCUUCAUCUAUAAACUAUUGGACAACGGAUAGAGGAGAUAUGAUAAUAUCAGGUAAUAAAUACAUCACAUCACUGAGCGAUGACGGCUACAGUCGGAAGAUGAAUCUGGUAAUAAAAAAAGUAUCACCAAAAGAUUUCUCGUCGUAUCGCUGCGUCGCUAAGAACUCAUUGGGCGAAACGGACGGACUUAUACGUCUAGAUGAAAUUGCAGCGCCGUCAACAAUUAGCACCACAGUCAGUUACGUCGCAACUUUUCCACAGAAGAAAAAAGGUAAGCACAAAAAUCGUUGGCGUGAUAGCUCAGCUGAGAACAGAGUCAUCGGGGACUACGAAGUUGAAGAAUGGAAAGAUAUUGAUUAUGAUUCAACGCAGUCUUCGAAGAGCAGUGCCGCGUAUGGGAGUCCCCUAGUAUUUUUAUUUAUACUAUUUCUUAGCUGACAUCAACUAUUGUAAUCAUUUUCAGUGCCAAUAUUAACCGAAUAAGCUUUGUACACCGCCA